UGAAAACUUCACUGCGUUUCAGCGAAGGGAAGCUCUGUGAGCGGAGAGCCAGCGCCUGGGAGCUGAAUCUGCUGCUUACAGUCCAGCUGUGAUCGACAGAGGAGGACCGGUCCGGUUCUCAGCAUUGGAACGAUUUCCGGCCAACAUGGAUGAUUUAGAUGCUUUGUUGGCGGACCUCGAGUCCUCAACAUCCCACAUUGCCAAGCGUCCGCUCUUCCUGUCUGACGAGACCGCCUACUCCUUCCCUGUUGGGGGUCAGACCGAGCAAGACCUCAGCUCUCCACCCCAAGUCCCGCCCACUCCCUCUGAGCUAAACGGACUUGAUGAAACAGAGUCCUUCAGCUCAGCUCAGAGAAGUCCCUGGUCUCGAGAUAGUAGCAGUCCAACUCAACCCAUUGGUGAAGAAGACCACGUUUACAGUUUCCCUAAUAAGCAGAAGAGUAGUGAGUCAUCAGCUGCCAUGAACUCAUCUUUGGGCAGCAACCUGUCUGAGCUGGACCGCUUGCUGCUGGAGCUCAACGCUGUCCAGCAAAGCACCCCUGCCUUCCAAACAGAAGAGGAAGCAGCUCCCCCGCUGCCCGCCAGCAGCAUCAUCCACCAUGUCCAGGAGAAUGGAGUCUCCACUGCGGGCAAGACUGCUCCACCUGUAAUGGAGAAGCCCAAACGCAGUGUGGUAACUCGGGGAAUAGAGGAUGUACGACCAAGUGUAGAGAGCCUUCUGGAUGAACUGGAAAGUUCUGUGCCCUCACCCAUUCCCACACCGCUGGCUGUAUCAGACGAACAAACAGAUGGACAAGAGGAAACACCAGCACAGCAGCAAGCCAGAAUGUCUGCUUCCUCUGCCACACGAGAGCUAGAUGAGCUAAUGGCUUCCCUGUCUGACUUCAAAGUCCAGAGCAAUAUCCAGUCCCAGGGAAAGACUUCUCCCACUGGUCCCCCCAAACCUGCCAACAAGCUGGACAACAUGCUGGGAAGCCUUCAGUCCGACCUCAACAGAUUAGGAGUCCAGACGGUGGCUAAAGGCGUCUGCGGAGCCUGCAAGAAACCCAUUGUUGGCCAGGUGGUGACUGCCAUGGGCAGAACGUGGCACCCCGAGCACUUUGUGUGCACCCACUGCCAGGAGGAGAUAGGCUCCAGGAACUUCUUUGAGCGUGAGGGGCAACCGUACUGUGAGAAAGACUACCACAGCCUGUUCUCACCGAGAUGCCACUACUGUAAUGGACCCAUACUGGAUAGAGUAGUGACUGCUUUGGACAAGACCUGGCAUCCAGAGCACUUCUUCUGCGCCCAGUGUGGUGCCUUUUUCGGACCAGAAGGUUUCCAUGAGAAGGACGGAAAGGCGUUCUGCAGAAAGGACUACUUUGACAUGUUUGCCCCUAAAUGUGGUGGCUGUGCCCGUGCCAUCCUGGAGAACUACAUCUCGGCUCUCAACUCACUCUGGCACCCUGAGUGCUUCGUCUGCAGGGAGUGCUUCACGCCGUUCAUAAACGGCAGCUUCUUUGAUCACGGCGGCCAGCCGUACUGCGAGGCGCACUACCACGAGCAGCGCGGCUCUCUGUGCUCCGGCUGCAAGAAGCCCAUCACCGGCCGCUGCAUCACAGCGAUGGCUAAGAAGUUCCACCCAGAGCACUUUGUGUGCGCUUUUUGCCUCAAGCAGCUCAACAAAGGCACCUUCAAGGAGCAGAACGAGAAGCCGUACUGCCAAGGCUGCUUUGUCAAACUCUUCAGUUCUUAGGGACUGUGUAUAAAUGUGUGUACGCACGUUUACACAUUUAUUUACAAGUCUUGAAUGCAAGUGUGGAUGUGUGUGCACUCACAUGUCUAGCAUGUAUGAAUCAGUGAUGUGGUUUUUGAGGAUGAGGGCGUUGGUGUAUCACAUCAUAAGGGUGACAAAUGUCUGACUAUUGACCCUUGACAUCGAAGGGAUUCCCCUGGUUGUCCAACCUCUCAGGCUUGGCAUUUCACAUUUUUGCUAAAGACAUUUUAAACAGAGCCCAAAGAGAUUUUUAUUUAGUUUUCCUCCUUUGUGCAGCAAAGAAAAUGCAUUUAUUUCCCCUUGUGCGUGUGUACAUAUAUGAGCAUAUGGGCGUCGAAUUAAGACUUCCUCAGAGCCCUGAUUUGUAAAUGAUUUAAUUCCCCCAUUGCAGGGCAAGACCUUGCACCCUAUGGUGGUUUUAUGCGGAUUUGAAACAGCUGCUUGAUUGCAUGGACCAUGGAGAAUUGACUUAAGCAGUUUUAGAGUAUGUUGAGUGUUUAAUACAUAGUGCUUGGCCAAUAAGUGUUGGAAUAAUCUAUGAAAAGAUGUAUUUUUCUAGCUUUGGAGACUUCUGAGGUGCCAUUAAAGAUAACCAUGAAAACACUCCAUAUGUACAUGCACACAGACACAAACUGAAGUCCUCCUUUUUCUUUCUCACUUCUUUAAAAUACCAGUUCAAACUCUUUGCACACUCCAACCACAGAUCUCUUGACGAGACCGUCUUAAGGUGCAUUUAACAGGCGUCAGCAACAUAUUAGCUCGUCCUUAUUUUUCUACUGUUUUACUAUGAAAAAGAACCCAGGUGUUUUCUCAGUUUUAGCAUACAUUACACUCACAUUUGUGCUCUUGUAAGUUGAUUAUUUUUAGGGAUGCACCAAUCCGACUUUUUCUUUCCUGAUGCUAAUAAAUGGGCUUCGGGUAUCAAAGAAUGAGUCCUCCUGUAAAACAAAAUGUAACCUGAUCCAGCUAUUGAGUCAGUAUCGGCCUGAUCUCCAAUAUCAGUAUCAGAUUGGUGCAUCCCUAAUUAUUUCCCAUUGGGUGUGGUAUCAAACAUAUAAGUCACCAUAUCAACCUUUUUUAUCCUGUAGCAACUUGGAACUUCUUUUUACUUUCCUAACGCAGUGACUUUUUAAUUUUCAAUAUUAGUAUUCAAAUAAGUGGAGCCUGACUGAUACUGGAUUUCUGGGGCUGAUACUGAUAUUGGAGAGUAAAACUUCCAAUAUUGAUCUGUUGUCUGAUAUAUAUACAUGUAACAUCACUGUUACACUCCAGUUUAUAACAUAUAAACAGAAUGAACUAAGUCUUUAAAGUUGCUGUUUUAUGUUCCAAAAUGCAAAUGUUACUUUUCUUGAUGUCGUUGAAUGAUUGAGUUGACAAAGCUGUGAGCAGUUUUUUGUUUCUCAUUCUGUGCUUUUUGCCACCAGAUUAUAAAAUCUAUGCUCUGCUGGAUGAACUAUGUGUUGAAACCAUUUCUGCCUAUACCAAUAUAUCUGUGAUAGGCAUAUUUGAUCGGUCGGGCUCUACAAAUAAGACUAAAUGGUUGCAGCUGAAGAUGACAAAAAGUAAGAAUAAUAUACAUCUACGGUUGUUAAUGUUGGACUUAUGGUGCAAUUAAAAACAAGCCAAAACUAAAUGAACUGUAUUUACUCCAGUUCGGAGAUUCUCCUGCAUGAUGUACCCACACAGAAUAAAUCCAGAAGAAUUCAGUGCAGAGUAAAUGAUGCUUCAGUUCAACAUCUUUUUCCAUAUGUUACUAUUGCUACUGUAUGAAAUCUAUUGUUAAGGCUGGUUAAAAAAUGGUCAUGCAUUUGGAUUAGAAGCAUGCUUUCUUUUAUGUGGAGUUUCAUCAGCACUACCUGCCAGUUGCUGUUACAAUCAGAACCUAAAUUUGUAUACCUGUAACACGCUCAACUUUGUGACAGAACUGUGUUUUGUCACUGUUUUGAUGAAUAUAUAUAUAUAUUUUUGAGCUAUUUGGGCUCACACUGAUAUGCAAAGAGCUGGCUCUAUUGGCAUGUAGGCUAACAGUAGUUUACCCAGUUCUCACAUGACACGUACCAGCUUUGAUUCCAGUGUGUCAGACUUCCAAGGAAACGCAGCCCUUAUUAUUUUUCAUUACGAGUCAUGAACUCUGAUCCUGCUGUCUGAGCUGAUAUCGGCGCUUGGCUCACUGAUGGAAGCUGGAUGUUUGUGUUAGCUGGUCAGGAAUCAUAAUACAGGGCCACACUUUGAGCAAAAUGUAUGAAAUGACUAAUUUUAGUUGUAGCCCUCUUUUGCCACCUAUAUGAUGCAAUGAGUGAUUUUUUUUUUUUGUAUUUUCGGGACAAUAUUGCUUGUCGUUUUGAUCCCUAUGUGUGUAUCAACAUUCAGAUUUUUACUUUGAGAAGAUGUUUGCUCUUGUGCCAAAUGUGUCAAUGCAAUAAGGUCUUAUACACUGUGGAGUUCUCAACCUUUCCUGUGAUUUGACUCUUUAUGGGCUGAACUCUGGGAGAGGCUUUGUCUGCUGUGGUACAUCUUAAAGGUUUACACUGUAAUAGACAAGCCAAGGAGAAAGCGUCUGGGCCGAGUCAUUCAGCGGACAGUAUAGUGUGCACUUGUAGCUGAUUCAGAUUAACAGGAAGUAGCAGGGGACAAUAAACAGGAAAUUGUGAGUUAGUUUGCCCCAUGUAUAUUUAUCUGCUUACAGCAUAAUGCCUUAUAGUUUUUGCGUCUGUCAAAGAAUUCAUGAAAAAAAAAUCAAAGCCUUUUACUGUUAGAGAUUAAGUGAAUUUUGCUUUGUAAAUGAAGAUGUUCAUGUGACCUUUUACCAUUUGCAUUUUCUCAUGAGCCAUAGAUUUAACUGGCUCUUGUGUGGGUGGGGUGUAAAAGCCUAUGUGGGUCUUGAUUACUGACUGAUUAUUAUAACUGCUGCAAAUAAAAUAAAUACUUUAUUUCUGGCA